UGUUUUUUUCUUUGGGGAGUUGAUCUUGGUUAUGUUGGGUUGAGGUGUAUAGUGAUCGGGUGUGUAUCUGCGUGACUGAGGAUCUUUAGAGUUGAUCUUUAGAGUUGAUCUGUUGCUGGAGACUAUGCGUUUGUUUUGUGUUGGUGGUAUCUUCGUCAUGUUCUUCGAGGGAGGAUGUUGGUCUUAAAUGUUGUGCAGUUCGAUUGUAACUGAAAAUAUUAUCAUGCAAAAGGCCUGCUCGUUCAGCUCGUAGAUAAUCAUGAUAAUUAGUGACGUUGAGAAGAGAAUUUCUGCCCAUGCAGAGGAUUGGACUCGUACGGCUUGUAAUUUACAUGUAGAAUCUUUCUUUUCCAGUUCUUAUUGGAAUUGUCUUGGAGAUACGAGAAAUGGGUUCUUCCGUGUUUAAAAGACCAAGGAUCUUUUAACUUCUUAAGAAUCGUAAUUAUGCACUCCCUAAUUGUGUAUGUGACUUAUCCUCAUCAAAGAAAUGGCCGCAAGUCUCUUUCAGUGUCCUAAAGUUCUUAAAGAAUUGACCUAGUGUCUCUUUAUGUGCACGCCCAUGAUCAACCGCGAACAGGAUCCUUUUCGUUUCAACUCUCUUCAGUUUCUUACGAUAGUCAUCCACCUUUGGGUGGAUUCAUACAAGCAUCGAUGUCACACAUAAGACGACUCAAGAUGUCUAUCUCUGACGAUGUGGAUAUCUCACCAUCUCCAGAGAUGUUUCUGCCACCACCUGAACUUGAACGCACGUUGUUUCUGGAGUGCGGCCGUAUUUGGCAUCUCAGCCGAAUAAACACAUCACCUCUCACAUCGGAAUACUGGAGUGGUGUCACUUGAAGACGCUACACCACCACAACAACGUUGACGAUUGAUCGCUUCAUCACUAAUGACGGCAUCCGAGCUUCACAGCCUGGAACCACACUCUGAUGUGACGGUUUGUUCUAGUUUGUACACCAAGACCCCAAAGUGGAGCACCAAAAUCCAUGCAUCUAAGUUACUGAAGGGCGUGCUAAUGUCCAGGACAUUGAACUCCGCUUCCUCGGACCAGGAAUCUAGCUCUGCUUCUAAUCCUAACACGGUACCAUCGAGAGGGAAACGAUCAUUUUAUUCUGACAAAGCUAUUUCAUCCGCCACUUUAAUAUCUAAAGAAACAUCCUUGGUGGUAAAGACUACCUGCCUGUGUGCACCGACAAAACAUGUUGGCUCCUUCCGCUGCCGUCUUCACAGGACAACCCAGAAACAUUGGGAUGGUCGCCGAACGUUUCCUACGUCCGCCACCAAAGCUUCCAGCUCUACAAGUCUACCUGCCAAUGAAAAUUCCGGAAAUAUUGGAGUGAUCGCUCCAUGGGCCAACGGUCUCCAAGUUCCACAAGCAGGGUGCAUUUCGAGGACUGGAGCUGCUCGACCCAGCCGCCUAAGGACGGUGGUAGUUGCUACUCAUCCCGAGGACAUCGACCCAGAAGAUGAUCCUGCUUCACCAAUGCUCAGCGAAGCGAGUGUUAAAUACAUAAAAGUUGGGACAUCAACCACGACUGCGACGGAUAAUGCUGUCAAGCAAACUGGAGCACCUGUAUCAAGAGUUCUGCACACUGCAUCGUAGCCUGCAGCCAACUUCAGGCCUUGUUCUGUCCAUCAAGAAUCCUUUGGAAACCUCUUAAUAGUUGUGGCGGUGUUUGACAAUGUCCACCCUGCGUUCCAUGGAGAACUAUGAAUUCCCCCUCUCCAAGACAGCCCUAGGUUAUCAAUCGACUCGAAGUAUUGGGAACCCUUGUAAAUUUACAAAACUGAAAAUACGGUAGUAAAUUUUUUUGGAGCAUCUGUGUCAAUGCCUUCCGAUUGAACUCACUGGUCCAGUGAGUUAUGUCGGUGUUGGUAUUGUCUUUACUUUCAUAAUUAAACUCAUUGGUUGGCCAAUGCAAAGGUGGGCUUCUCAUGGGCUCAAAAGGGACGAAGUUGUCUUGGGAAUACCCCAUGUUCUUUGCUCGUGUCUUGUAACUGUCUGUCACGUAUCUUCAGGAUUGUCUUUGGAGGUUUUGCCCUCAGGGUUUAGUUAUAUAACUACGGUUAUUUUAAUGAAGGAUUUGCUUAUAUCUUACAGUGUGACUACUCUGUGAGUCCUAUAACUCACGACAAAUUAAUAAUGCCUUGAGCUACCAUGCAAUGAUCGGGAUGUUCAGCAAAUGUGGAUUUCGGUUCGUACUUUUCAGUGUUCAGAAAAUAUGUUUUGAUUUCUGUUAUUGAGGUGUGCUCUCUAAUUGGCAAUAAACACUGGUUAUAAUGUC